AAAAAUCACAAGGUUCUGGGCGGACAGCACAGCCGGAGAGGUCGAGAGAUCGCCACAAACUCCACCGCCACUUCACACCCACUUCGAAAAAGCAAGACAACGGCUCCUGAAGAUGCCCCUGUCCAGCAGCUCCACAUCCUCCACAAAGGGCAUCCGCAGAGCUGUAUCCGAGCUGGAGAGGUCUGACUCCAUCACGGUUUACCUUGACUGCAUUGCUGUUCUAAUGCGCAUUUGGCGAUGUAAGGCACUCCCGUCAGUUAUCCAAAAAGAUAUCCAGAAGUCUCCAAGAUUCCUCGGUCGGCGGCAAAGCUUGAUCGAGGACGCGCGCAAGGAGCGGGAAGCCGCCACCGCAGCGGCAGAGGCUGCGGAGGCCAGUGAGCAGAUCGUGUUUGAGGAAGACGAUGGAAAAGCGCUGGUCAACCUCUUCUUCACUUUGACAAACUCCAAGGCACCUGCACUGUCGCGGACACUCAAGGUGUUUGAGACAUUUGAAGCUAAGAUUCAACAUUUGGAGACGCGACCACGUCACAAGCUCAAGGACAGCCUGGAGUACUUUGUUCGCUGUGAGGUGCACCUCUCAGAUGUCAGCACGCUCAUCAGCUCCAUCAAGAGGAAUGCGGAGGAUGUUAAAACCACCAAAGAAGUCAAAUUUCAUUGGUUCCCAAAGAAAAUAGCAGAUUUGGACAAAUGUCAUCAUCUGGUCACAAAAUUUGAUCCAGACAUGGACCAAGAUCAUCCUGGCUACACGGACCCAGCGUACAGACAGAGAAGGAAAAUGAUUGGAGACAUCGCCUUCAGAUACAGACAUGGACAGUCGAUUCCCAGAGUGGAAUACACAAAGGAAGAGAUUGGCACGUGGAGGGAGGUUUACUCAACUCUGAGGGACCUGUACAUCACCCACGCCUGCAGCGAAUACCUCGUGGCCCUGUGUCUGCUGGAACGGCAUUGUGGGUACAGUCCACACAACAUUCCCCAGUUGGAAGACGUGUCUUGUUUCCUCAAAGAGCGCACGGGGUUCCUGCUGCGCCCGGUGGCAGGUCUGCUGUCAGCCAGAGAUUUCCUGGCCAGUUUGGCGUUCCGGGUGUUCCAGUGUACCCAGUACAUCCGUCACUCCUCCUCCCCUAUGCACUCCCCAGAGCCUGAUUGUGUGCAUGAACUGCUGGGCCACGUGCCCAUGCUGGCCGAUCGCACUUUUGCCCAGUUUUCCCAGAACCUUGGUCUGGCAUCUCUCGGGGCUUCGGAUGAAGAUAUUGAGAAACUAUCCACACUGUACUGGUUCACUGUCGAGUACGGCUUGUGCAAACAGAAUGGUGAGGUGAGGGCUUACGGAGCUGGACUGCUCUCCUCCUAUGGAGAGCUUGUGCACUCGCUGUCUGAUGAACCAGAGACAAGGCAGUUUGAACCGGAGGCUGCAGCGGUGCAGCCCUAUCAAGACCAGACGUACCAGCCCGUCUACUUUGUUUCCGAGAGUUUUGUAGAUGCAAAAGAGAAAUUUAGGGAGUACGUGGCCGGCAUCAAGCGUCCUUUCUCCGUGAAGUUUGACCCGUACACCAGCAGCGUGGAGGUGCUGGACAACCCGCUGAAGAUCCAGGGGGGUCUGGAGGGCCUGAAGGACGAGCUGAAGAUACUGACCGAUGCCCUCAGCGUGUUGUCAUGAUGGCAACCCCCCCCCCCCGCCGGGCCAGCGACCCCACCGGGCUUUUGUCUGCUUCCUCUCUGCUGCGCGCUGAGACGUCUGACGUGUGAUCAAGGCUGUGGUGUUAAUCUUUCUGUGCUGUACCUCCAGUGUGAUGCUGUCUCUAGGUGACCGACAAGGCUGCAACCAUUUAAAAAGAAACAUGUCAUAUAAUGAAUGUAUUUAAAGAAAACUCAUUUUAAAAAGAAAGAAAGAAACAUAAUUGUAGAAAUAAUAUUGAAAUGUACGUUUAAAUUGUAUUAGUUUUAUUUAGAACUAACUAUAUCUGCUGUGUUGAAGGCUUUAUUUUAGUAUUGAUCCACUUUUAAAUUGGUCGAUUAGUCUGGUUUCAUGCUGUAUUUGUCUUGAAGUUUAUAUGUAUAAUAAAAUAAAUGUCAAAACAUA